AGAUACAGCGGGUUAUGGGGUUGGGUUUUUUCAUUUUCAAGCGGUUUUCCGCCUCCCCCCUCGCACGCCCGAGUCACCCCGAGCUGGGGUGUCGCUCCCGCAGCCCGUGAUCCCCCCGCGGGGACCGCUCCUCGGCGGGUUUGCAGCCCUCAGCCCGAGGUUCUCAGCUCCCCGGAGCGGAUUGGACUCUUCGGGUAGAAAUCGCCGUGCCGUUCCGAGUCCUGGUGUUCAGGAUUUUGGGGAAGCGCUCCCAUCACCGCUCCCCGAAGCUGCAGAAUGCGAUAAGGCAGACUCCUACUAGAAACUGGAGCAUAAGGAGUUGUUUUGGGUGAAGGAUGCUCAGAGAUACCAUGAAGUCCUGGAGUGACAGCCAGUCUGACCCCUACAGCAGUGACCAAGAGGAGGAAGAACAGAUGAUUUUUGGAGAAAAUGAAGAUGAUUUGGAAGAGAUGAUGGAUUUCAGUGACUUGCCUACCUCACUCUUUGCUUGCAGUGUUCAUGAAGCUGUGUUUGAGGUACAGGAGGAAAAGGAAAGAUUCGAAGCACUUUUCACAGUCUACGAUAAUCAAGUUACGUUCCAGUUGUUUAAAAGCUUUAGAAGAGUCAGGAUAAACUUCAGCAACCCAGAGGCGGCAGCAAGAGCACGAAUAGAGCUGCAUGAAACUGACUUCAGUGGAAAGAAGCUGAAGCUGUACUUUGCACAGGUACAGGUAUCCAGUGAAAUAGGUGACAAGUCCUACCUCCUUCCUCCACAACCUGUUAAACAGUUCCUGAUAUCACCACCCGCAUCACCACCAGUUGGAUGGAAACAGAGUGAAGAUGCAACUCCUCUGAUAAACUAUGACUUGCUUUGUGCUGUCUCCAAGUUGGGACCAGGGGAAAAGUAUGAGCUCCAUGCAGGAACAGAAUCAACUCCCAGUGUAGUUGUCCAUGUCUGUGAAAGUGAGACAGAAGAGGAGGAUGAAUUCAAAAACCCCAAACAGAAGAUCCUGCAGACAAGGCGUCCAGAGCCACCUCCAACAAUACUGAGUGAAUCAAAAGCCUUUGAUUGUACCCUGGAGGUAGGGGGCACCAUGCACUGUUAAGCUGGGUGAUGCUCAAGAUAGUAUCAAAAAUCAGACACUUAAUGAGUACAUGUGUUGAUGUCUGUACUGCUGCUAUAUGUUCUGUAUAGCGACAACAGGUUUUACUUGUAGUUGUCUCUCAUGUUCAAGACUUUGGAUGCCAAUGCUCUGAAAAGCACUUUAAUUUUAGGGACUAGUCCCCCAAGUGUAGCAAAUCCACCUGACUUGAAAUAGUGACAAAUAGGAAGUCUGGUUGUGGUUUUGUUCUUAAAGAUGUUUCCCUUUUCUUUAUACUGUACACUGUGAUGUACCCAGUGCUGAAACAGUAUCUCACUGUCCUGACUGGAUUUGAGGAGGUUCAUUGUGCAACAAUUAAAAGCUGAUCUGUACUGGUACAACAGCCUCCAGCUCACCUAGUGUUAAGUGCAAGUGAAAUGUGCUCUUUAUGCUAAAAUUCCUUCUCAGCUGGUCAUCUCCUGAGGUGAAGAUUAAUCUUGGCUUUUCUCAGAAAUGCCAAGUAUGUGUUUUUAAUUUGACAUGAGGCACAAAUACACGUGUGGGACUAAAUCCCAGCAGUUUUGCUAACUACACAGAGAACAUGGAGAAGAACAGAAGACUGAGCAGAUGCCAGCACUGCUGCUGUCUGUGAGAGGACACCAAAAGGGACAGUGGUUUGCACUGACACCUAAUUAGGAGGGAAUUACAGUAUGUAGGGUGAAAUACAGAUUCAGCUACUGAAUGUGUUGUCUGUGAUCCUCUCUGAAAAUACAGUAAUGAUUGUUCUCUGCAGUCCCAGAGAUGGCCUACAUUUAUAAAUAAAUUCAGUGACUCUUAUGUUAUGGCUAAGUUAUUUUAGGAGAUAAAACAUCUAGGGUUAAUUUUUUAACUUGUGCUCCUAAACUUCUCCAGUCUGUUUCGUUUUUUAAGACAAUCAGUUGCCUGGCUCAGCCAGUUUUUAUGCAGCUUCAUUCCUUGUUUGCUGUUUUUCAUUAAGACUUCUGUGUGGCAUCCUGGCUGUCUGAUGGAGCAUCUGCUGCUUCUGGGACCAGGAUGCAUCUUUUAAAAUACAAAUCUUUAAUUUUGUGAUCUUGUGUUAAGUGUUUCAGUAGGAGGAAGAUGUCUCAGCAUAAUGACACAGGCUCCUGUGCCAUUUUAUAAUCAACCUUUUUUAGUCUAGACAGAUUCUUCUUUUUUUCUAUUUAAAAACAAUUUAUUUGUGAACCAACCAGGCUGCUGUUCAUACAUAUAAAUCAUUCAGAAAUUGGCCUUUUCAAAUUCACUUGAGUGUGUUUCAGUUCUACGUGAUGUGCUUAUGGAAUUUUCAAGUGUGUUUUCACUCGAUUGAGGGUGGAGAGAAGUAAUGGGCAUGAAUUUGUGUGGGCAGGGUAGUUUUCAACUCUGUGUUGUGCCAGCUCGUGAUCCCUUCCUGCCACCAGCUUCGAGUUGCAAAAUGGGAUCCUGCAGGCAGGUCCUUGUUCCAGAGGCAGGAACAGUAUAUAUUAAAGUAGGAAAAUGGGGUUUGUUCAUUUUGCCUCCACAGGUGUGACAUUUAUGUAUCUCUUCAGGUAUUAAAAUCACUCAAAGUCUGACUUCUCUGUCUCAUUGUUCCACAUUAUUAAACAAAACCAACAAAAAACUUGUAUUGUCCAUCAGGCUUGUGUGUUUUUAAAAUUCCAGAAGUCUGUUUUGGAUUUCCUGUGGUGAUUAUAUUUUUGUUAAUGGUUUCAUUUCUACCCUAUUGUAGAAGUUGCUGUAAGUAGGAGUAAGUGGAAGAACCUUCAGAAACAGUUUGAUAAGGCAAAUCAAGCAAGUAAUGUUGUCAAUGUAUCUUGUGUAAAAUGUGUAACAACUUGCAUUCCAACAUCUUCCAUGGUGUAAAGACACUUAAAAUAAAAACAAUGCAGUGCCAUUCA